CUACCCUACAGGGUUAUGGGUAUCUAAGGAUUUGCUAUAUAAACUAUCCCCAGCGAACCCCACAUUUUUCUUCCCUUCUCUGGUCCCAGCACAUACGCUCGUACGCACGCACGCCAGAACAGAUCGCCAAACGUGCAAACGGUACCCCACCAUGGCUUCCAAAGUGAUACCGAUCGCCAUUCCGACCCCGGUCGAGGCCGCCGUCGACCCGCUCGUCACCACGCUCGCCGACGCAGAUGAGCGCCGCUGGUUCCAGAAGCCGAACCUCCGCUCCCUCUACUUUUUGAUGAUUCCGGGGCUGUUAGGCGUCGAGUACACGUCCGGAUUCGACUCGUCGAUGAUGAACGGUAUCCAGACCAUCGUCUACUGGGAGGAGUAUUUUGGAAACCCGAGGAAGGCCCAGCUCGGUAUCCUGACCGCGUCGUACUCGCUCGGAUGUCUGGCUGCCCUGCCCGUUGUCCCGCUGGUGAACGAGAAGUACGGGAGGAAGAUGGCUAUCUACGUCGGCUCGGUCAUCAUGAUUAUUGGCGCCGUCCUGCAGGGUGCCAGUCAGAACUUUGCCAUGUUCGUUAUCGCGCGUCUGAUUCUUGGCUACGGAAUCCCGUUCGCCAUCGUAGCUGCCUCAUCGCUCAUUGGAGAACUUUCGCAUCCUCGGGAGCGGCCCAUCAUGACGUCGCUUUUCAACUGCUCCUGGUUCAUUGGCGCCAUCAUCGCCGCCGGAAUCAAUCUGGGAACUUAUGACAUGCCCAACAAUUGGUCGUGGCGAAUUCCCAGUUAUCUUCAAUUCGUACCGAGUUUGACGCAGCUUGCGGCCUUGUGGGCCAUCCCCGAAUCACCUCGUUUCUUGGUCUCCAAGGACAGGUACGAAGAGGCUCGCGCGAUUCUGAUCAAGUACCACGCCGAGGGCGACGAAGACAGUGAGCUGGUGGCAGCCGAGAUGGCUCAGAUCCGCGCGACCAUCGAGACCGAGCUCGAGAACAAGAAGAUGGGCUGGAUGCAAUUCUUCACGUCGGCGGCCAACCGCAAGCGUGCGGUGCUGGCGCUCUGCAUCGGUGUAUUCGCGCAGUGGUCCGGCAACAACCCACUGUCGUUCUACCUCAAGAAGAUCCUCGACCAGGUCGGCAUCACCGACCGUCGCGAGCAGAACAUCAUCAACCUGGGCAUGACGUGUUGGUCGCUCUGCACCGGUCUCUUCUCGGCCCUCAUCGUCCGGAAGUUCCGCCGCCGCAGCACCUUCCUGACCUCCAUCUCGGGCAUGUUCUGCGUGUACAUCGCGCUCACCGUCGCGUCCUCGCAGUACGCGAAAAACGGAACCAAGGGCGCCGGAAUCGCCACCCUCACCGCCAUCUUCGCCUACAAUCCCUUCUACAAUCUGGCCUUCAACGCGCUGACCUACACCUAUCUGGUCGAGAUCUUCCCCUUCACCAUCCGGCCCAAGGGUAUCACCAUGCAGCAGUUCUGGGGUCGUCUGGCCACGUUCAUCAACACCUUCGUCAACCCCAUCGGCCUGGACACCAUCGGCUGGAAGUACUACAUCUGGUACUGUGUGUGGCUGAUCGUGGAGCUCAUCGUCGUGUACAUCAUCUACCCCGAGACUUCGAACCGUUCGCUCGAAGAGUUGGCGUUCAUGUUCGAGGGCCAGGACAUGCAAGACCGCGUCAACGCGAAGGUGGAAAAGGGAUACGCAGCGCAUCUGGAGCACACAUCGAUCCCGGUGGACGACAAGGAGGUUGCCGCGAAGGUUUGAAACCUGGAGUGCUGGAAGUGUAUGUCUGUUGCUUUUUCUGUUGUUGGAUGAUUAUGAAUACUGGG